AUGAGUUACUUGUCGUCUACCACCUUCCCUGCGGUCAGUACGACCGACUGGGCUGAGUCCUCGGGCAUGACGCCUGACGGCGACCACCCUUUCUGGCUACAAGCGAACGAUUACUUCCCCGAGCCAAUUGCGGAGGAAGAAGAAGAACAAGAACAAGAAGAACAAGAAGAAGCUGCGGUCGCUUCGGCGGUGCAGGAAAAUUCCAUCAUAGAGCCUACGGGCGAACCCGCGCGUGUCGUUCCGCGCAAGCGAAAAGCGAAACCCGCGCCUGCCAAAGGCAAGGCCAAGAAGGCCAAGAAGACCAAGAAGAAGACGGAGAAGAACAAGAAGAAGAGCAAGGUUGAUGACGACGACGACGAUGACAACGAGGAGGAGGAGGAUGACGACGACGACAAGGAGAAUGCGCCGCCGAUGCGGCGGUCGGGGAGGGCCACAAAGGCCAUAGACUAUCGUGAAGUUCUGCCAGAGUUUUAA